AUGCCUCCAUCACACAAGCGGAAGAAGGGGCCUGCUGGGAAGCAGCAGGUGGAAAAAGCCGCCAGCAGUGGCCAGAUCACUCCGUCACGACCGGCGAAACGCAGCAAUGACACGAGCGCGCAGAACCUCGCAACAGAAGAGGCACAUCGGCAACAGAAUAUCGCUCGUCGCUAUCGCAAGGCCCUCAAAGUAUGGGAGCAUGAGUGGGAGGUGCAGUCCAUGGGAGACUGGGGCGCCCAAACAAGGUUGCAGGCCGCCCUCCGCUUCUGGCAAGCGGCUGGCUGUGAGCUUUGCACCGCUCAUGGAGACUACGCAGCUGCCGAUGACCAUGCGAUGAAGGAGUGCACUAUGUGGGACGAUUCGCCGGUUGCGCGGGACCUGCUCAAGAUCCUGCAGACGGUGACCGACGUGAAGGCUGCACCUGAGGAGAACGUCAUCGACAGCUACGAUUCGGAUGAAAAGUCGUGCAAGGCCUGUGGCCUUCCGAGCAGUAUGUGUGCCGCCAUUCCGUCACCACAGCCUCAAGACCCCACGUAUGCGAACUGCCAUCACAUCAACGUGGCACGACGCGCCGUCUCUGCCUUGCUCGCAUUUGAGCACGGCGUGCUGAAAACAAGCAUGUUGCUCGACGAUCUGUACGCUCCGUCGUGGGCCAAAAGUGGCGACAGCAACGACAUGCAGAUGUGGAUGAGCAGCCAGAUGAAAACGGAUCGGGACUAUUAUCCAGGAUUUUUAAAGGCCCUCGACGACCUCUAUGGCUCGUAUCGUCAUCUACUCGCCGACUACGAGUACCGUGCCAACCUCCGCCCACAGAAAACAAGGGGACUCGAAGCGACUGCGCUACCGCCGCGGUGCAAAGGCGGAUCCGUCGAGUUCGCCGUCGACAGGUUGAACGCAAGAAUUUCCGCCAAAACCGAACGUACACGCACGAUUUAUAACCAAUUGGACGACAUGAAAGGGCCCGGAGACGAUGAGCAGGACGAUGAAGAGGAUGAUGAUGGCGAAGAGGAAGAGGUUUCGAGCUUCGAUGAUUCAGAAUACGACUACCCCCAAGAGAUGGCGUCAAAGGCAGAUGAGCUGAAGAAGGCCAGAAACCUUGGAUGCUUCCGCUGCGGCCUUCCCAUAUCCAUCUGCACUCAGUGGGAGAUACCGGAUCACAACGAACCCGAGCGACUGGAUGAUUUUAAAAUGUACCAGCUGCUUCGACUCCCUGGUCGCUGUCCCUUUGAAGGCGUCGUGCUUGAGUUUAUCUUCGGUAUCAAAUACGGGGUCGAGAAAAUCUGGGACAGAUGGCUCAAUCGCCUGCAGGCCAAGCGUGUUCGCACAUCUCCUGGUGGGAAGGAUUCCAUGCCUAACAUAAUCCAGUAUUUGGGUGAAAGAAAGAACGAUAACGAGCUGGGCUGGGAUUUGGCUAGGGUAUGCGGCUACAGCAAUCUCGUUUGGGAAUUUGAGUGGUUAAGUAUGGAGUUUGAGAAGGAAUCUGGUAGCCCAAGUCAUUCUACCUAA